AUGCCCAGCGUCACGGCGUCGCAGCGCUUCCAGAGCGCGGGCCCGACGUCGCUCUCGCAGUGGCACUCGGUGCAGAACGCGUCGGCGUCCAGCGUCAACGCGUCGACCAUCGUGCUGUCGCUGCGCAAGCGCCUCGAGGCCAAUGGCGGCGUCUACGGCUUCACGUCCUUUCUGAGCACGAUGAAGCAGUUUGGCGGGAGCACUCAAAUCCUCUCGAAACCGCAGCUCAAGAAACUCUGUGCGACCCACAACAUUGCAAUCUCAGACAUUGAGGUGCGUUCCCUCGUUCUCUAUGUCGGUGACGACGACAACACGGCCGUGGCCUGUGCGACGCUGCGCGACCUGCUGAUGGGAAAGCUUGACGGGCCGCGCCUCGACCUUGUGACCAGCGCCUUUCAACGCCUUGACAGCCGUGAAAGAGGCUAUGUCGCAGUCGAGGACAUCCUUCGGUCGCACGACGCCGCGAUGCACCCGUCGCUUCUCUUUUCGAAAACUGCCAAUGCCAACCAAGUGCAAGGCGAUUUUACCAAGGCAUUCACGAUCCUCUGCCCGCUCUGCACGCUCGUGAGUCUCGCGCAAUGGACCGAGUUCUUCCAGUGCGUAAGCGCGACCAUCGAGAAAAACGACUUUUUCGAGCUGCUCCUCACACGCGUCUGGCACGUCUUGCCGCCAAGCAACAACAGCAGCUUGGGUGAGACGACGCGUCCUCUGCCUGCCUCGACGACAGCAAACACGCUCCUCUCGGACCUCUCGUCGCGCAACCUCUUGUCGACUGCAAUGGACUUUACCUCCAAGUCCAAGACCACUUUCAACUACAGUAGCGAUGACGCCACCACGACCACCUAUGGCAACAACAACUAUGGCAACAUGGGCGCCUACCAAACAACGUCCAGCAUCGACGUCUCGGCGGGCAAGAUCUCGCGCAUGACGUCACGCAACGCUACGCUCAAUAGCGUGCAGACGGCGGCGUGCAUGGCCCACGCGACCUCGGAUCGCAACGGCCUCUUGCCCAAGCCCAAAGACAUUAGCAUCGGCACCCAAAUGGUGCUAGGGCGGCUCCGCGCGUCGCUCCAAGCUCGGGGCGCCGCGGGCAUCGUCGGUCUCUCGCGCAAGUUUCGGCUCAUGGACGAAGACGGCAACGGGUCGAUUGACUUGGCCGAGUUCAAACGCGCGAUGCGCGACACUGACGUCGACUGCAGCGACGCCGACUUGCGGCUUCUCUUUGACGCCUUUGACGCCGACGACAGCCACACGAUCGAGUUCAAGGAGUUUCUCGACGGUGUCCGCGAGCCCAUGAACGCACGUCGCCUCGGGCUCGUGCACGCAGCGUUUCAAAAAUUGGACAAGAACGGCGACGGUGCCGUGGACCCGUCCGAUAUUGUCGGCACGUACGACGCGAGCAAGCACCCGGACGUGAUUGCGGGCAAGCGAACCCAAGACGACGUCUUUCGCGAGUUCCUCGACACAUUCGACGUCGACGUCAAGGACGGCAAGGUCUCGCGCGACGAGUGGGUGCACUACUACCACAACAUUAGCGCGUGCAUCGAGAGCGACGACUACUUUGAGCUUAUGAUGCGCAACGCGUGGCAGCUCAGCGGCGGUGCGGGCUCCGCCGCGAGCUCGUUUGAGCAAAACGAAUCGCGCGGCUGGCGCCCCGACCUCGAGUGUAGUCGCGCGCCACUACCACCGCCGCUGCUUCGGCGGUACGGGAAUGCCAGUGCGGGUGCCACGUCGUGUCUCAACGUCGAGGCGCCGUCCGCGCGCACGAGCACGACACCCGUGGACCUCCAGCACCCGCGGGAGCUCCGGCGCAUCGUGAAGCGGCUUAAGACGACGCUCAAGUCGCGGGGCGCGCGCGGCUUUACGGGCUUGAGCCGGUCGUUCCGCAUCAUGGACACGAACGGGUCGGGAUCGCUCGACAUGCAAGAGUUCCGCGCCGCGCUGGAUCACAUGAGCGUGCACUUGAGCGCCAACGACAUUGUGACGCUCUUCGACUACUUUGACUCGGACGGCAGUGGCAGCAUCAGCUUGACCGAGUUCUGCCGCGGCGUGCGCGACCCGAUGAACGAGCGGCGCAUGGUGUUUGUGCGCAUGGCCUUUGAUCUCAUGGACGUCGACAAGAACCACGUGAUCACGGUCGAAGACGUCGUGCAGCGCUACGACGCCAAGAAAAACCCCGAGGUCAUUGCCGGCCGCAAAACCGAACGCGACGUGUACACCGAGUUUCUCGAAACGUUCGAAGCGUCGUCGCGCGUCCACGACGGCCGCGUCACCCUCGACGAGUGGACCGAGUACUAUGCCAACAUCAGCGCGUCGAUCGACGACGACGACUACUUUGAGUUGAUGAUGCGCAACGCAUGGCACAUUUCCGGUGGCGUCGGGUGGUGCGCCAACUCGACCAAUCGCCGCGUGCUUCUCAACGACAACCAAGUCGUCGAGAUUGAAAACGACCUUGGGCUCCAUAGCACCGCUGACAUUCAAGCCCAGCUCGAGAAGAAGCUCGGGGCCAAAGCCAAGGUUUCGUUCUACGACGUCCUCGACCACUCGGUGCGCCCCGUCGAGCGCACCACGCGUCUUCGCUCGCGAAACAACACGAGCAGCGGUGCGGCCAACUGCCUCUCGAUGGGCCAUGCGAGCGACGCCCCGCAAAAAGCAUCGACGACCAAGCAAAGUGUCAAUGCGAGCAUGGCGCCGGUGGGGGUUCAGCCCAUCUUGAGCCGGCUCAAGGAGCAUCUCAAGCUCCGGCCGUCCAAUGGCUACAUCUCACUGCACCGCGCCUUCCGCCGCAUGGAUACGGACGGCAACGGCCAUCUGAGCAUGCUCGCGUUCAAGCGGGCGCUGGCCAACUUUGAGAUUUCCGAAGUCGACGCCCGGAUUCUCUUUCACUACUUUGACGUGGACCACAGCGGGUCGGUUGAAGUGACUGAAUUCAUCACGGGGCUCCGCGACCCGAUGAACGAGCGCCGCCUCCGGCUCGUGCGCACCGCGUUCUCGCUCAUGGACAAGGACGGGAAUGGCCUCCUCGAGCCGGCCGACAUUGUCGAGGCGUACGACGCGAGCAAGCACCCCGAUGUCAUUGCCGGCCGCAAGACACCGGACAUGGUGUUUCGCGAGUUCCUUGACACGUUUGACGUCGAUGGCAUGCACAAUGCAGUGAUUACGCCGCUCAUGUGGGAGCACUACUACGCCAACAUUAGCGCCGUCAUCGACGACGACGACUACUUUGAGUUGAUGAUGCGCAACGCGUGGCACAUUUCCGGUGGCGUCGGGUGGUGCGCCAACUCGACCAACCGCCGCGUCCUCGUCAACGACACUCAAGUCGUCGAAAUCCAAAAUGACCUCGGGCUCACGAGCGGCAACUUGCGGGCGCGCCUCGACCAACAAUUGCAGUCCAACAUGAACCUGCCGGGCACGAUCAAGACGCUCAAUUCGGUCAACGUCACGGCGUGCCUCAACCACGUCGACGCGGCGCCACCGACAAAAUCGGUGAGAUCGAGCCCACCAAAGCGCAUCUCGCUUCAAGCCAUGACGUCGGCACCAACGAGCGCGACGCCGAGUGCUUCCCCAAUGCUGUCGCCCGACACGAUCGAUGGGCUCUGGGGCGCGCUGCGCCACGGGCUGCGUCGCCAAGGCAAACUCGUGAUUGUGCAAACUCGCCGCAGUCUGCAGAGCGCGGGCAAGUCGAUGACACCGGACCAGCUCCAGAGUGCCCUUGCGGUCGCAUCGCUCCCUGUCGCGCUGCCCAUCGUACACGCACUUAUUUCGGACCUUCGGUCGCGCAAUGGCAAGCACAACAAGUGGGACGCGGGCGACGUCGCGACACCGAAAGCGCCGACGGCGGCGGUCUGGAACCAGCUGAGUCCCCCAGUGGACGGAAGCGUCUUGCGGAUGGCGAAGCGCAUCUUUGCGCAGCUUCAAGUCGACGGGAAAGGCGACGUGACGCCGCUCCUGCUUGCGAGAGCGUACGAUGCCCCGAGUCACCCGGACGUGAUCCUGGGCUUGGCCAAGGCCGACGACAAGUUCAAAGAGUUUGCUGCGUGCUUUGACAGCAUUGAGACGUACUGCAGCGACCUCCUCGCACACGUUGGCGACGUCACCCACUGCCUCCAGAUCCUCCGCGACUCGUUUCAUGUCGAUAUUCCGCCGUCCUCAUAG